AUGAACAUAGUUUUGGUGCCGUUUAUCUACAACUGUCCGCUCUUUACAAUAAUGAGAGCAGUAAUACUGGUAAUACUCGCCCUGUCUCAUGUUGCACCAUCAAUGGCCUCCAAGAUGGCGGAAUGCGACGAAUCUGCAAUCGCAACAGACGAUUAUCGAAAACUAUUUCUGCACGAACACAACGUUAAAAGACAUUCGCUUGCAAAAGGAGAAGUGCUCACAGCAGAUCAACGCAAACUACAAGGAUCGGCGAGAUUGUUCAAAUUUAGCUAUGACUGCAGAUUGGAAUCGCUCGCGAAAUAUCUUGCUACUGAUUGUAAUGGCCGUAUACCUGCAGCGAACAUGAGCUCUUUUGGACGUAGUGAAAACUAUUACUGGACCCGAGAAGUCCCACAGCACAUAUUGGACAGCGCAAAUAAUCUUCAGUACCGUUUCGCAGAUGUUGUUAAUCAGUGGUGGUACACGUUAGAAGAUGGGAAUAUCGGUUCAGAUGUCUUAUACACCGAUGAAAAGAUGAAAGCAUUUGCAAACAUGGCUUACAAAGGAUCAACAUCUCUUGGGUGUUAUAACGUUUUAUGUCAGUCUGGUAGUACCUACAAUCUCGCUACGGCCUGUGUAUACAGCACCAUCCCCAAGUCGGGUGAAUCGCUGUAUUCCACUGCAAAAACAAAUGGCUGCACAAAAUCGACAACGUGUCGCAAAGAAAUUAACAAUUCUGAAUGUAUUCUCAGAAAUGACACGACAGAGGGGGACCUUGCAGGACUCUGCCGAAUAAAAUUAACGGAAAUAACAGUUACUACAGCAGCACCAGGUGUAGACACAACGGAAAAAACUACAGUGGUACUUACUACAGACGGAACUACAGUGGCAUCGACAGCAGCAAAAACAACCGUAUCAUCCUUCACACAACAAACCACUGUUGCAACAACAGUAGCGCCCAGCUCCAGUGAAAUGACCAAACGAAUACGGAAUGAAGUAGUCAGAACGCACAACGACUACAGAUCGUUUCUUGCUGAAGGAUCUGUUAGGAAUGGGAAACCAGGAAAGCCGAAUCUUCCAACAGCUACUAAUAUGCUAACAAUGGAAUAUAACUUGUCACUGGAAACGGAGGCUCAAGCACUCGCGGAUAAUUGUGCUCCCGCUGGGUUGAGUCCGAAUCCGGGCGAAAACACUUAUGUCAUUCAAUCAACAUCAGUUUCAGCGUCGGAUGCAAUAAAGCAAUCUAUGGAAAAAUGGUGGGAUGAAAUCUAUUCCACCUCCGUGGGGAAAAAUUUGAGAUAUACUUUGAAUUUGCAAUCGAAGCCUAACGCGCCUACGAGAUUUACUCAGAUGGCGUGGGCAGACACCUAUGGCGUCGGAUGCGGAAUAAAACGGUGCUCCACCUCGACUUAUAUAGUGUGCCGAUACCAUCCACCGUAA